ACUGUGACUCUGCAGGACAAAUUUUACCUCAUGUACCGCUCCUACGAAAAUGAUGAUGCCCUCGGUGGCACCGGGAAAUGUGUUUCCAUACAAAUGUCCGAGAAAAACGAAGAAACCAAGACCACGAAGAGCACAAUGAAGUACAGGGACCCUCAGACGAACUCUUUGAUAAAAAAGACCGUGCGUGUCACGCUGGCUCCUUCAGACGGCAGCGCAGGCGGCGACACCAUCCAAAUAGGCGAUGCGGAGGGAGGUGACACAUCGGCCACUAAAUUUCAGUUCGUUCAUUCGGAUUACGGAACCUGUGACGUGGUUGUCGUUUUGGGAACAGGAGAAAGAAAAUGUGAACUCUGGGUCAAUGCAGAUGCAGUAGGUUCCGAUGACGAUGAAAGCGUCAAUGAGAAGAUCGCUAAAUGCAUAAACGUAUACAACAAGCAAUGCCCAGACCAGAAGAAAUACGAAAUCUACGAUGAAGCUACAUGCAAUUCGCUUGAAACGAGUUCCAAAUAG